UUAUAUGUACUCUUUAAUUUUAAUUUAAUUUUAAAAUAAUUCUCUGACCUCAAACCGGAACAACAACAACGCGUUGCACUUCGGGCGUUCAUAUUAGAAUUUUUAAUUUUUUUGCAAGUUCCAACAAGUUUCGAUAAUAAUUAAACUAUAAACAUACUGUGCACGGUUUAAUCUCAGCUUUUAGACCGCGUUGCUUUGUUUCGUGGCUCUUUUCAGUUCCACGGUGCUCGGAGUAAACUCGCUCGGUGGUUUUGUGGAGGAGGAGGAGGAGAUCUCAGGACGGGACGGGAGCUUUGGUUUGUGCGUGAAAAUGAAGAAAGUGUUGGUGUUUUUGGUGUCGCUGUACGUCUGCGCUCCUGUCUGCGUCUUCCUCUUCCCCUGGAUCCUGGGAUUCGCCGUGUUUGGCCACUGGAACGCUGCUCCAUUCUUCGUAGAUCUGACUCGGCCCGAGCUCCUCCUGAACCACACGGUGAACUUCUACCUGAACCCGGAGCCGCAGGUGUCAGUGGGAGUGUGGCACUCGCUCCCCUCCAGUCUGUGGGCGGCGGCUCAGGGGAGGAGCUCGCUGUGGUACGAGGCGGCUCUGGGGGACGGCCGACCUGUUGUCAUCUUUCUCCACGGCAACGGAGGAACCAGAGCUGCAGAGCACAGAGUCGGACUAGUGAAGAAACUAACCGCCGCUGGGUUUCACGUCUUUUCUUUAGAUUACAGAGGCUUCGGAGACUCGAGCGGCGACCCGACUGAAGCAGGAGUGACCAAGGACGCCCUCUACCUGUACCACUGGGUAAAGCGCCGCAGCCGAGGGAACCUCAUCUGCCUCUGGGGACAAUCUCUGGGCACCGGUGUCGCCACAAACGCCGCCGUCCGCUUACAAAAUCAAGGUUCUGGUGUUGACGUCGUGGUGCUUCAAGCCGCCUACACCAGCGUCCGAGAGUUAGUGGCUUUAGACGCUCUGGCUCAGCCGUACAUUUUCCUUCCUGGGUUUAAAAGUUUGAUCUGGACGCUUCUGGAAAAGAUCGAAAUUGAAUUUGCAAAUGACAAAAAUUUACAAACGUUGACGAGUCCUGUGCUGCUGCUUCACGCCAAAGACGACACCACCGUCCCGUUUUCCAUGGCCCAAGAGUUGUUCGCCGUCUCGGUUCAGACUCACUCUCGGGUAAAUCGAGCAGAUGAGGUGGAGUUUGUUUCUUACAGUGAAGAUCUCGGUUAUAAUCACAGAAACAUUUAUCUGGACCCGGAUCUGCCCGACGUCGUCACGAGUUUCUUCCAGAAGGUGAAACGAGCGUCUGCUGCAAAGUCCAUGUGACCAGAGUCGAUACAAAUACUGUUGUACUUUUAAUAUUCACCAAUUGUAUUUUGCACAGUUUGUUUUUUAUGAUGAAGUGUGAAGUUUUUACUUAAAUGGAAUUAAAAAGAUGAACAAAGUAAUUAAA